AUGGAGUUUGUUUCGGGUAGGGAAGUUGAGGAUGAUGGUGGUGAUGGUCCUUGGACGGAUGUGAAUUACAAUAAACAGAAGAAAGUUCGUGGAAAUGGCGUGGAGCUGACAUUUAUUGUGCAAAAUUUGUCGGAUCGUGCGUCCAGAACAAUACUGAAGAAGGCUUUUCAACCUUUCGGGUUCGUUUCAGACGUAUAUGUGGCUCGUAAGAAAGACAAAAGAGGUAACUACUUUGGUUUCGUUCGUUUCGUGGGUAUUGAGAAUGUUGACUCUGCGUUGGAAGUCAUGAACACGGUGAUUAUUCUCGAGGCCAAGGUAUCGGUUUCUUUGGCUAAAUACGACAAAAAUCAUAAGAAAUUUAUUUAUACUUCAAAGGUUGUUGGGGACAAAGUCUGGAGACAAAAGGUACCUUCUAAUACUGCUCCUCCGAAUAAUAAUGGUUAUGAUUUCCGGGGGGCAACGGUGCAGGACGGGAAAUCAUUUGCGAGUUUAUUUCAAAGUGGAGGUCUAGAAAGUAAUUCCGGUUCUUUCUCUGGAGCUAAAACGCUAUCUAUACCUAUCAAAGGAGCUAAGUAUCCAUUACAUUGUAUCAGUCGGUCUAUACACGGUGUGGCUCAUGAUGUAGAGGUUCUUAACAACUUGAAUAGUGCUCUCAAGAAGGAGGGUCUGUGUAAUUUCGGCUUGUCUUACAUUGGUGGCCUUAGUGUACUGCUUACCCUUGGGUCUCCUGAAUUGGUUAAAGAUGUCAUGAUAAGUCAUUCGGUGAGCCUAUCUAAAGUUUUUAGCAGAUUUCAUGUCUGGAAGGGUGAAGACCUCCCGUUGGAUAGAAUUGUAUAUCUCCGUAUUUCUGGGGUCCCGGUCCAUUUAAGGGAUAAUGCAGUAUACGAUGAUAUCGGUGGCCUUUUCGGUAAAGUCGUGCAGGGAUCAUCUUUCUCCUGGACUGAUUCUGAUAAUUCGGAAUGUUCGGUAUUAGUCCUUGUUCCUCUGGGAAAAAGAAUUGAGGAAUCAAUUGUUAUUACAUGGGAGCAAAGGAGGUUCGUUGUCUGGGUAGUAGAAGACGUGGAUGCUUGGAGGCCGGAUGGGGAUGAUGAUGCCACAGUGGGUAAUCUAGACAACGAUCCGAUGGGGGAUGAAGUCGGCCAAUCGGCUGCUAGAAAAGAGGAGGAUCAGAAUAUGGUGGAUGAGGUUGAGGACGGAGAAUUUCGAUCACCGGAAGCAAAUGUUCCUUCGCCGGAGAAGGUAGACAGACCGUCACCUGUAGGUCAAGAUGAAAACCACGUGGAACCCCAAAAGAUCUCGGGCCAUGAAAACUCUCCGAGUUUCGAAAAGUUGGAUAAUGAACAGUUUCUACACGAGGAGCAUGGGGGAGUGCAUGGGGAUGGGUCUAAUCCAAGGAAUCUAAAUAUAAUAAUGAGGGGUAUAAUGUUAUGGAGGCUGGAAUAG